CAUUUUCGCCGGUCCAUAUUCGCAGGCCGCAUUUUCCGAGGCACCAUUUUCGCAGGCCCCAUUUUCGCAGGCCCCAGCAUCUCAGGCCCCAUUAUCUCAGGCCCAUCAUCCCAGGCCGCAUUCUCCUAAAACACACCCAUUCGCACCACACCCCCCUCUUCUGCCGCCACAAAACACCCCCAUAUGUCGGAACUCAAGCUCGUGGCGCCGUUCAUUGCAUCCGGCAACAACCACCAGCGUGUCCUCGCGUGUUUGCGGCAGGCGCCGGCGCCGGCGGCCGCCCCGCCCCGCGUUUUCCGGGUCCCCGUGCGCCUGGACCUCGAUGUGCUGGACAUCAUCGGCCACAACGCCCGCAGAAUGCCCGAACACGGCGCGUCAAACCCCUCGGGCAAAAGCGGGGGCAUCGAGGACGCGGCCGGCGGUCCCAGCGUGGCGGAAGCCGGCCCGCAAGACGGCGCACAGCCGCCGGCGUUCGUGGACCUCGGCGCGUUCCAGCCGCGCAACCGGCUCGAGCAGAUCUGCACGGUUUUUCUCCAGGACUUCCCGGCCCUCCGGCCGCAGCACGUGGACAAGGUGUUGGGCGUGCUCGUGCAGGCGUGCCCGGCCGAGUGUGCCGCGGGCGUGCGGUUCUCGGCGUUGGCCGAGACCAGCGACGACACGCGCGGCGUGUUUGUGCGCUUCCCGAACGUGCAAAUGGCCCGCUGGGCACACGCGCUGCUCGCCACGGUGCUCCCGGGCGUGACGGCCGUGUUCGACGACCAGCUUGGCUCGCUCGGGCCACCGCCCGCGCCGCAAGCGGCGGGGGCCAUUUCGCUUGGCGCGGCCGCCGCCACCAUCGCCGCCAUGUUCGCCGACAGGCGGCUCUACAGCAGCGGCUCCGGCCGCAGCGGCACCGAGGACCUCGACGAGGCCAUGCAGUACUACCGGACCUAUAAGGUGGAGCACUCGGAACUCGUGGAGGUGCCCAAGGAGCUCAAGGCCGCUAUUGUGCGGGACAUCAUCCGCUUCCGCGCCAAGGUCUUGACCAUCGAGCGCGACGCCCGCAAGAGGGAGAUCGAGCGCGAGCGCCGCGAGGCGCGGCGGCGGCUCACGCGGAUUUUCGAGGCCAUCCGCUCGUCGGCGAGCUUAGAAAAGGGCGGGCCGCUGGACGCGGCGCUGGACGCGGGGCUCGAAACGACCGGGCCGCUGGACGCUCUCGAAAAGGGCGACACCCGCGGCAUUGCGGACACCCCCGGCACCCCCCGCCCGCUCGACCUCUUGGACGACGCCGAGUACGACGCCCACGUGGCGGCCCAGGAGGAGAGCCGCCAGAAGACACUCUACGACGCGCAGUACCAGCGCUUGCGUGCCCUCGAAGAUUCCGAGCAGGCGCUGCUAGUGGAGCGGCUCCUGAACGCCAGGGCCUACGAGCAGACGUUGAUCGAAAACAAGCUCGCGUACAUGGAUGACUAUAAGACGCUCCAGGACCAGGACGAGGCGUCCGCCACCAUGGCCGGCUGGGCAUCCGCCGAGUCGGGCCUCCUCAGACUACACUCUACAAACCAUGGCGAGUACCUCCGGCUCCGCAACCACAAGCGCGCCAGAGAGGAGGCCAUGGACGACGAGGACCGUUUGGACGAGCAGAAAUCCCGGGCCUCUGCGGGCGCGGUGGGAUACCUCCGGCUCCGCAACCACAAGCGCGCCAGAGAGGAGGCCAUGGACGACGAGGACCGUUUGGACGAGCAGAAAUCCCGGGCCUCUGCGGGCGCGGUGGGAGUGGCGCUGCCACCGUCAGGCUUGGCCUCGCUCAAGGAGAAGAUUGCCUCGUUGGUUGAGGAGUACUUGGGCAUCCGCGAGGACUUGUUGAUUGAUUUCAUCUACGAGUUCGUUCUCGACAACAACUUGGCCCGGGGCGACGAGCUAGUAACUGAACUUCAGGAGACUUUGGAUGAGGACUCCAGGACGGUGGUGGACCAGCUCCACGAGUACAUUGCCGGCAUCCAGUAG